AUGGAUCAUAAAGAAAUUCUUCGAGUAGAUGGCGAUUCGAUUUGGGGUCGAAUAACCUUACUGCUCAAUUUGUUGGCCGGUAGAACUUGCACUGGACAUGAACGCUCUGAAUUUUAUGGCAAUAUUCUUUUGACAUCAUUAAAAAAGCCGAAAAAAGAAAUUCCUUUACGUUAUUUGACGGAUGAGGUAAUGAUUCAUUUAUGCAAAAGAGGUAGCAAGUAUCAGGCCAAAAAUUUUGCUUCAAUUAUGCGUAUGUUUCUUACUCUCUGUACAGUUAUUAAAAACAAGAUAAUUGAAGGCAAACUGCGGCAAACAACGGAUGAGGUUGAUGAGAUAUUACGUUUUCUGCUACUGAUGUCAAACAUUGGUCUCAAAUACUUGAAUGCUGACGAUGAUAGUGAUUCUGAAUCCGAAUCACCUUAUCCAUGGAAACGAAUUAUAAAUGUUGACCUACCACCUUCAACUGUGAUGUUUUAUUUCAAUUAUUAUUUUAAAUCAAUUUUGGAAUCGUAUGUAGUCACUCGCUCAAUAAGACUGCCUCUUGAUCGUGUCAAUGCUCAAAGUGUAGUCAAGAACUAUGUAAAUCCGUUAGUUUCAGAAAACACUGAAAAUCAGAACGAAAUACAAGAAAAUGCUUAUCGUAUCAAGAAUCAGCCCCAUCGACGUGAAUGUAAUCUAGAAUUGCAUAGUUUAACAAACUUAGAAGUUGGUGAUAUCUUCAACAUGGAUGGAUUAUUCACGAUUUCAAGAAAACAUAGGGUGUAUUUGGAGUUAGAUGAUAUCAACUUGUUACCACGAUUAGCAACACCAUUUUUAGAGUUUGCUGACAGGUUAAAAUCAAUACAUUGGUUAUGUGAUGUGGAAGCAUUUCUUAAUGGACCGAAUUUAGCGACAAAAUCAUAUGUCUAUUCCAAAAACAAAAACGUUGUGGAUAGUAGAGUGUUGUUGUGUGUAAAGUUAUUUGGAUAUGAAAGACUGUGGAAAUUUCGCGAUGAAAUCAUGUGUUUCUUUAAUGGAAAAAACAAAUUUGAUGGUGAAUAUGUUCGAAACUCACUGCAAGAACUUCUUCGCAUGUGCGAUAUUUUUGGCUAUUCCAUUGAUCUCUUGCUUUGUGUGAAAAAUACUAGCGCAUGGCAUGCAGAUGCGUUGUUGAAUAUUUUUUAUACCGCGAAAAUUAUGAAAGGACGGAUGUUGCCAGCAUUAGAUGAAUUUUGUGAUGAUGCUCUCGUUGUGAUCAUCCAACAUUACGCUAAGUAA